AUGGAAAAUUCGUAUUAUCUUCAAGAUCGAACAUAUGUUGAUACUACGACAUGCAGUGGUGCUUUGUAUCCACUUCCCGAUAUUAUAUACACGUCACUCGGGUGCAUUGAUAUGGAUGGGUCUCAUUUCACUUUAAAUGUGGACGAUAAAAAGGUGUAUUUCAAAUCAUACAAAGACAAGGAAUGCAAAACACCAGACACUGAAAAUUACGAAGAAGACACCUUCAGAGAGUGUUCUGGGUCAGGUUCUUAUAGAACAAAAUACUAUGGCCCAACACUGUAUGCCCAUCAAGAAGAAAUGUAUACCCAAACUUUCAUUCCAAAUAAAUGCUAUGUAAGUCCGAUAGAUGAUACCAAGUUUGUUGAAAUCAAAGACGACGAGAAGAUGUACACGGCCGACACUUGUGAUGAUCUUAAAGCUUCAACUACGGAAGUUUUAGAUUACAAAAUUGAAAUACUCGAGACUUUCCCUGCAUACUAUUACAGAGCCGUUUAUUAUGGAAAGAAUGACUGCAAUAUGACAGCUAAUUUGGAUAUUACUCCAUAUCCAGAUAUGUAUUUCACAAAAGAUAAUAUGUGUAUUAGUGGUGCUACUGGAUACAAAUUUGAGACUAAUAAAACUACUUUAACUUCAUACUAUUUCAGUGAUGGAAAGUGUGCCACACCAAAUGAAAAAACACCAAAACUUGUGUAUGCUUACCAGACUUGUGAAAAAGAUAUCGAUGAAGAUUACUACAUCUAUUACUAUGGUAAUGAUACGACUAUCCCAACACCAAUAGCACCCGAAGCUGCAUUUGGGUUAAUUGUUGUUAUGAUUUCUAUGAUCAUUUUUGCCUUAUUCUAA